GGCUGGUUGGUGUAAGGAGUGUUUUCCCACCCGGAGAUGUGGUCACGUGAUCUGUCAACUUUCACCCUGGAAGUCUCCCUACUGACUUUCCCCUUAGCAACCAAGUCGCGGUGCUUGGUUCCCCAGCAACCGGGAGACGCGUCUGCUGCGUGGAACCAACCGAAUUUCCAACGCUUGAGUAGGGACUAUGGUAUUCAGACCCUGUUGACCCCAGGUUAUUGUUGCCCAGGAAAAUUCUAGAUCUGUUCUCUGCGAGGAGGCCGCUCCAUUGACAAUUGUGUAAAACUCUGCUGCUUUCCCCAGCUCCUACGUCUCUAGUCUUCAACAACACUAUCAUAAGGGAAAACAUCGGGGAAGAUGAACCGGCUAUACGACUCGAUGGAGCCGAGGGUGAUAGACGAUGGCAUGCUCAAGCUGGCUGUUGGGGAGCAGGGCCCCCAGGAGGAGGCCGGGGAGCUUGCCAAGCAGGAGGGCAUCCUCUUCAAGGAUGUCCUAUCCCUGCAGCUGGACUUCCGGAACAUCCUCCGCAUAGACAACCUCUGGCAGUUUGAGAACUUGAGGAAGCUGCAGCUGGACAAUAACAUCAUUGAGAAGAUUGAGGGCCUGGAGAACCUCACACACCUGGUCUGGCUGGAUCUGUCCUUCAACAACAUUGAGACCAUUGAGGGGCUGGACACACUGGUGAACCUGGAGGACCUGAGCUUGUUCAACAACCGCAUCUCCAGUAUUGACUCCCUGGAUGCCCUUGUCAAGCUGCAGGUGUUGUCGCUAGGCAACAACCAGAUUGACAACAUGAUGAACAUCAUCUACCUGCGGCGGUUCAGUUGCCUGCGGACGCUCAGCCUCUCUGGGAACCCUAUCUCUGAGGCGGAGGAUUACAAGAUGUUCAUCUGUGCCUACCUUCCUGACCUUGUGUACCUGGACUUCCGGCGCAUUGACGACCACACAAAAGAGGUUGCGGAGGCUAAGCACCAUUACAGCAUCGAAGAGCUGAAGCACCGGGAGAACCUGAUGCAGGCCCGGCUGGAGGAGGAGCAGGCGCGGCGGGAGGAGCUGGAGAAGCACAAGACGGCGUUUGUGGAGCACCUGAACGGCUCCUUCCUGUUUGACAGCAUGUACGCUGAAGACUCAGAGGGCAACAAGCUGUCCUCCCUGCCUGGUGUCAGUGAGUUCCUUGAGGCCUACAGGGACAAGUUUGUCAUCAUCUGUGUGAACAUUUUUGAGUAUGGCCUGAAACAGCAGGAGAAGCGGAAAACAGAGCUUGACACCUUCAAUGAAUGUGUCCAUGAGGCCAUCCAGGAAAACCAGGAGCAGGGCAAACGCAAGAUUGCCAAAUUCGAGGAGAAGCACUUGAUGAGUUUAAGUGCCAUUCGAGAGGAGCUGGAGAUGCCCAACAUUGAGAAGAUGAUCCUGGAAUGCAGCACUGACAUCAGUGAGUUGUUUGAUGCACUCAUGACGCUGGAGAUGCAGCUGGUGGAGCAGCUGGAGGAGACUAUAAACAUGUUUGAAAGAAACAUUGUCGAUUUGGUGGGACUCUUUGUCGAAAAUGUCCAAAGCCUGAUGGCCCAGUGCCGGGACCUGGAGAACCACCACCACGAGAAGGUCCUGGAGAUCUCUAUCAGCACCCUGGAAAAGGCUAUCAAGGGCGACCUGGACGAGGACCUGUCUGAGGACGUGCGCGCGCUUUUUGUUGAUAAGGAUACGACUGUUAAUGCUGUCGGGGCAUCGCACGACAUCCACCUCCUGAAGAUUGACAAUCGAGAAGAUGAGCUAGUGACCAGAAUCAACUCCUGGUGUACACGUUUAGUAGACAAGAUUCACAGGGAUGAGAUCAUGAGGAACCGCAAGCGCGUGAAGGAGAUCAAUCUGUACAUCGACCACAUGAAGAGUGAACUGGACAACCUUGAAUACAGCGACAUCCUAGACUAGAUGAGUGUCAGUCACAGGGGCUUCUUCAAAACAAAGCACCAGCCCCAACUAGGAGAAGGAAGUGCACAUGCCUCACCAAGCAUCAUCAGGAGAGUUGCUGGGCAUCUCUCAACCACGAUCCCCAACACCAUUCUUCCCCCACCCCUGGAAGAACUUCCAAAUGUAGAGAAAAUAAAGGAUUCACGUCACAUUUCCCCUAUUC